AUGGCUCUGGUCGAUUUAUUGACAGGAUCAAUAGUCAUUCCAUGUCGAACUGCUCAGUUUGCGUUCCUCUAUUGGUUUCUGGGUCGAUUUUUGUGUGUUAUUCAUAUUACUGUUGAGAAACUGUUAUUUUGCUGCAGCAUCUACACGUUAACAUUAAUGGCAUUUGCACGAUAUCAAGCUAUUGUUAACCCGUUAAACAGCAAUUAUCACUUCAAAGGAGCGCUUUGGAGAUUAGGGGUAAUCUGGUUACUCUCCAUUGCUUCUUGUAUACCGUUAAUAAUUCAUAUGCCGUUUCAAGUUUAUACCUUAAAAAGACCCUAUAUACUAAGCAAUCACGAUUGUCAACCUACAUUUAGAUCAAGAGAGGAAUCCGAGCUCUACUUACGAAUCUAUUAUGCUUUAUUCAUGUUUUUCGCUUUCUUUUUGCCUUUAAUUAUUAUUUCUUAUUGCUAUUUUAAAAUCUAUCAAACUUUACGUAACCGUAAGCGUGAUUCGACAUUAAAGUCGACAAUGAAGAAUUAUUCCAAAUCGAUCAAGCGAACAAAUAGAAAAGUAAUCCAUAUGUUAUUGACCAUUACCGUCCUAUUUUUUAUAAGCUGGUUUCCACAUAACUUUUCAAUUAUACUUUUAAAUGUUGCCGGUCUAAAUAAGGUUUGGAUUAAAAGUUAUAAAGAUUACCUUAGUUAUAUCAAUAUUGGUCAGACGGGCAAGGUUUUAUCCUAUUUAAACAGUUGCCAAAACUUUUUUGUCUGCUUGAUAUUUAAUAAGUCAUUCCAAGAUGCCAUUGCUGACAUUUUAACUUUGGGUUAUUAUAAGAGAACGGAGUCGUUGUUUAGUUAUCAAGCAAGCAAUGUGAGCUCAACUCAUCGUGUUAAUGACCAUGCUGAAUUAACUCGCAAUGAAUCUUUGCCGGAAAAGAAUCCUCUUGGAUUAACUUUUUUACAAAUGGGAAGUUUAGGCCCUAUAUCAGUUUCGCCCUAUUUCGAGCUAUCUUCAUGCAUCUAUCUCGUUUGUCCGUUAGGCCAGAAAACGUCAUUUAUUGCAAUUAUGAAAGACCUUCAAUCUCCCGAAACAUCAACAUUGUCGUUAUAG